CAGCCUCCACCAACCUCUGUCCGGCUGCCUCCCUCUCUCUCCCUCUCUCCUCCUCUUUCUCGCUUUUUUUUCAUUCAUAGCGUUUGUGUCGCUCCGGGGAGAUUUAUGAAUGGCCGACACGGCAGAGAAACCGAAGGCGGAGACGCCGCAGCAGGAAGCGAGGCCGCAGGACCUGAUUGAGCGGCGGCACGUGGAGGCGGCGCUGGCGAAGGACAAGGGCCCCGACGCUCGCCUCGUGUCCUGGGCCGUCAAGGACUUCACGCAGAAGGGCGACAACAUGGCCACGUGCGUCACGAGCGUUGAAGUGACGUACUCGACGGACGCCGCCGAGGACCGCCGCGUGUCCUACGUCGUCAAGCUCAAUCCGCAGCGAAAGGUGGAAGGGAUGAACAUGAUCAGUGACAUCAUGGAGAAGGAGAUCAACUUCUACACGGACAUCUUGCCGGACCUCAACGGCGCCCUGGAGCGCGUGGGCGUGAGCAGGCUGCGGGUCCCCACGUUCCUCUUCGCACAGGGCGCCGCCGGAAGCGAAAUGAUCUUCUUCGAGGACCUUCGCGCCCGAGGAUUCAAGAUGGCGGACCGGAAGUUGGGCCUGGACGCCGCGCACGCGCACCUGGUCUUCAAGGAGCUGGCGAGGUUACACGCAGCUUCAGAUAUCCUGAAGAAGUCGUAUGGAGAUCCGACUGAGCGACAUCCGCUCCUCAAGAAGGACUGGAUAUCGAGCACGGGAGAAGAGCGGGAUUUUAUGCAGAAGAUAAUGACAAACAAUCUGGAGGGAGCAGUGAAGCUGCUGAGCAAAAUCCAAGGCUAUGAUAACAUCCUGCAGUGGACUAUUCAGAACCAGCCAAGGAACAUGGACUUAUUUGAAAGCCAACUCGCGGCGGAACCUCCUUUUCAGGUCAUUUGUCACGGAGACUGUUGGAGCAAUAACUUUCUGUUUAGGUACGACGACUCGGGCGCGCCGGUGGAGGUGAUGCUGCUCGACCUGCAAGUGACCCGCUUCGCCUCGCUCGCCACUGACAUCAACUACUUCUGCUUCUCGGGCAUAAACGGCCCACUUAUAAGCAGCAACGUGCAGGACUUCCUCGCGGCCUACCACGCGUCCUUCAGCCAAGUGACGGAGGCAGCCGGUCACCGCGUCCCUUUCAGCCUGGAGGAGCUUCGACAGGAGUUCCGAGACAAGCAUGUUUUCGGGCUGUUGAUCAGCCUCAUGGCCAUUCCUUUUAUCGUCAUGAGUUCAGACGAUAUGCCCGAGGCCGACGACUUCUUUAGCGGCGAAGAGAAUGAUAAAAUCCAGCAGAAGAUCCUGGACUCGCUGGACUCGAACCCCUUGCUGCGGCCGCGCUUCUUGUCCGUCCUCGACUACAUGACCGAAGCGGGGGUCGUCGACUGAGUUCGAAGCGGCGUUUCAGGGAGGCUCGCCACGGACCUCGUGCAAGAGCGGAGCCUUUGUGAACCGAAGAAUGAAGGGUCUUCCUUUACCUACUAAUUUUGUAAACGAAGUCAUACACAUAAACACAAAAUCAGGCAAUAUUUAUCCGUGUUUCCAUCAAGAUUCGAAUCGUAAGUCUCAGGUUUACAAACCAUGUCUCCAUUCUUUGGAAAUUGUGCAAUGGAAUUUUGUUUCUGAGGGUAGUAGUGUAAUGUUUCAGUUUACUGAAUGGUCUUUCAUCAAUGAUGAAUAAGUUUUGUGAAAAAAAAACGUGUAAAUGGAAGAUAUAAUUACAAAAGGCGAUUCGACUUCACGCAGUCGUGUGCAAAGGAAUUCAGUUCAGUAUCGUAUCUAAUUUGUACUUUGUACUUUUGUAUGUGUUAGAGAAAAAAAUAUAUAGCAUAAAAGUAGUUAUUAAAAA